AUAUCAAUGAAUUGUUUACUUGUGUUCAAAAUUGGUUGUAACAGUACAAAUUUCUUGUUUUUGGUUAUGGAAGUGAACAAAAAUAUUAGCAAUAACUCUUUAUUUUUGUCUCAAGUGAACUCUUAUUUUCAUAGUUAUUUUUUUAGAUGAGAAGUGAAAAAGUUUAAAAUAAUAUAUUGGAAUUUUAAAAUGUAUAUCUUAAAACCUCUAAAAAAGAGAACAAUUCUUAUGAUAAUGUUGUUUUUUGGUUUUGCAUUGAACUUUUUAUUCAGGCAUGCGGUUCAAAUGGCCUUGAUUUUUCAUGGUUUCAUGGAUGUUAACUUUACCUCAGAAACUGUGAUGGAAGAAAAAGCUCUUGUGAGAUUCUACUAUGGAUAUUUGUUUCUACAAAUCCCUUUUGGGAGAUUGGCUGAAAUGUUUGGAGGAAAAACUUUAAUUGGCUAUGGAAUAUUAGGCGCGUCAUUAUCAUCUCUUACCAUACCCUAUGCGGUCAAGAUUGGUGGUUAUGAGAGUCUGGUGGUCGUCAAUACAUUUUUGGGAGUAUUUUUAGCAACGUUUAAUCCGGCUGUGAUCAAUUUAGCUUCCAAGUGGAUUCCAGUGCAAGAGCGAGGCAAACUUAUAUCUUCCUUUGCAUCUUUAUCAUUAGGAAACGUUUUAAUAGUGGUUACACUACAGAUAAAAUUCUUGACUAUAGAAAUACUUUUCAUCAUUCCUGGAGUUUUUGGAAUUAUAUGGUGUUUAUUUUGGUACAUUCUAGUGUACGACAGUCCACUUACACAUCCAAGUAUCACAAGAAAAGAAAGAAACUACAUUGUUCUAAAGAAGGAAAGCCAAGGAACAAUAUACAAGAGUAUUGGUUGUCCAUGGUUUGAGAUAGGGUUCGACCCCAAUGUUUGGGUUGUAUUUACUACACAUACAUGUUUUUGGAUUGGAGCUAUAUUCCUUACAACCCGAUGUUCAACAUAUCUAAGCGAAGCGUUCCAAUUGAACCCUUUGAAAGAUCCAUUCUUAAUGAUGACACCUUUCUUUAUGAGCUUUACCGUUGCAUUUCUGUCAGGAUUCCUAUUUGACUUUUUGUAUGACCUUGGAGUGCCGCUAACAGUGUUACAAAAAAUGUUCACUGCAAUUGCAACAUUUUUACCAGCAAUUGCAUUAGUUGGAUUCAUAUCAUGCCAGAGCAGCAUGAGCUGUACAAUUUUCUUCUACAUGAUUGGAAUAAUAUUUCUACCGUUAGCUGUCGGAGGAUAUUACACAACUUUCUUGGACAAAUCACCAAACUAUGCAGCCACUCUUACUGCAAUCUCUGCCACAUUGGCAAAUAUUGGUUUAGUGGCAAUUACUGGAGUCAUGAAAAACUUAGAUAUAGGUCUUAAUAGACAGCAGCAAUGGGAGAAUAGGCACUCUCUGGUUAGUGCUCUGCUAUUUACUGCUGGGACAAUCUUUGCUAUAUUUGGAAACAAUAAAGAAGCGGACUGGAAUACUCCUUACGAAUAUGAGGCUGUUUAGUGUAUUUGGAAAAAGUAUAACCAACAAAGUUACAGUGAAUAAAGAAUGUAUGAAAAUUUAGCUAAAAGUAUGUGAUAUCAAAUAUUUAUUUUAUAUUUUCAUAUUGAUUUCAAUACUCAAAACAAAAUCUAGUGCAUUUAGCUGUACAACAUUUUUAUGGAUCAAAUAAUGUACAUUGCC